AUGUCGCGUGAAAUUGAGCGGCUGGCUCAGCCAGCAGAAAAGAAAAAGAUGCGACUCAUUGUCGCUAGCUGCAGUCGAACAGGCACGCUGGGCCUCCACGCUGGCCUGGAAAUGCUGGGGUAUACACCCUAUCACAUGAUCGACGUGAUGUACAAGGGCAGAAGCCCUCAUAUGAAGGUGUUCACAGAGGCUAUAAUCGCCAACCACAACCAACUGUCAGGCAUCAAACGAUACGAGACGCCAGAUAUGGACAGAUGGAUAGGAAACUAUGACUGCUUAAUGGAAAUCCCAAGUUACAUUGGGAGUAGAGCCAUGCAAGGAUAUAUUGAAGACCCCGACGUGAAGUUUAUCGUGACCGAACGUACGCCUGAAAAAUGGGUGAGGUCGAUCGAAAAUACGCUUGGGGAAGCUGUAAAGGCAGCUCAUCAGUUUCCAUUAAACAUCCUGAAACGCUUUGACUCCGAGCUCGGUCAUUUCCUCCACCUCGCCACCGUAAUGUACUGGGCUUAUGCAGAUGGAGCGAACCCAGGCGACAGCAACAGUGAAGUGGCUCUCUACAAGAAUUAUGUGGAAUACAUUCGGUCCAUAAAAGAAACACUCCCCAAGGAUAGGCUUCUAGUGGUGAAGCUUGAGGACGGUCUGGGCUGGGAACAAAUCUGUCCGUUCUUAGACCAGCCGAUCCCCGAGGAAAAGUAUCCUCGUGGCAAUGAGCCCGACAAGUUCCAUAGGAUUGUUGCGGAUUAUAUGGAACCCAGAGUGAAGGCAGCUAUGGUGAACUUCGGUGCAAUGGUCACUGCCACGGCUGGAAUAGCUGGAUAUUUGGGUUGGAGCCUCUUCUGGCAUAGCUCAAGUCCAAAGAUCACGGAGGAACAUGGACUAGACAAUUCCGGCAAAGACAGAAUCCAUGGAGGCCCUCUUGGCAGCUUUUUCCGCCCUGGUAAUCUUCUCUUCCGAGGGUAUGGCUCCGGCCAGUGCUGGGCAACUGGCUAUCACACUGCAGGCGCCGAGCUUAUCGAGGAGUCUAUUGAUAUUGUACGUCGCGAAUCUGAGGCAUGUGAGUGUUUGCAGGGCUUUCAGAUCGUCCACUCAUUAGGUGGAGGAACUGGAGGCGGUAUGGGUGCACUUUUGAUCUCAAGGUUGCGCGAUGAAUUCCCCGACAGAGUGAUCGCAACUUUCUCUGUGUUUCCUCCGCAAGCACCCGACGUUGUUGUCGAGCCCUACAAUGUAAUAUUGUCAAUGAAUCAGCUGAUAGAAGCCUGUGAUGCAACAUUCUGCAUUGACAAUCAGGCUCUGACGGAUAUCUCCACCGGAACACUUGGGAUACGUGAUCCUUGUCAUAUGGACCUGAAUGAUCUGGUAAAACAGGUUAUGUCCGGUGUGACGGCCUGUUUCCGCUACCCUGGACAGCUGAAUUCAGAUCUGCGCAAGCUGACAAUGAAUAUGAUACCAUCCCCUCGCCUUCACUUUUUCAUGCUUGGGUUAUCUCCUUUUCCGAGCUGUACUCCUGAGUCCUCCAAUGUCGCAUGGGUUACUCAACAGCUAUUCAGUUCUAACAAUAUAAUGGCUUCUGGGAAUCACCACAAAAGUCACUGUCUGUCAUGUCUGACCAUCAUCCGCGGCAAGGUCUCCGUGGUUGAGAUAGAAGCGCAAGUGAACAAUAUGUGGAACAGGAACUCCCCUGAUUUUAUCGAAUGGGUUCCGAAUAAUGUUCGCUCGACUGUCUAUUCGCCUCAUAGCACCGAUGUGUCUUGCACCGUUUUGGCCAACUCGACGUCUAUUGAGGGCAUGUUCAGUCGUAUCAGCGAGCAGUUUUCGGCUUUGUACAGGCGGAAGGCCUAUCUGAACCCAUAUACCAUACAUGGAGUGGAUGAACUUGACCUUAUGGAGGCUGAGUCGAACAUGAAUGAUUUGAUCGAAGAAUACCGGCAGUAUCAGGACAGUCCUUGUGAGUGA